CACCGACACGGUGUCAUUGGAGUCGCUGAUCGAACCCAACAGUUUAAAUACUGACCUCUGGACGAUGGAUCCCUCUUCCCACUUUUCACCAUGACUUCCAUAACCGCACCAAGAAUCGACGCUAAUCUACCAGCAACACCUGCCCACGAAUGGGCCACCGAAACAAGUUCGAAGCUCGAGGAAACCAAAGUAGCAGCAAUAGACGACUCUUCUUCUCAUCCCCCGCCAUUGGCGACAGCGAUCUCAACCCCAGGAGCUGAAUUUCCAGGUUCAUAUCCUCGUGGAGAGAAGGAAACUGAAGAGGGUGGCCAAAGCGGGAUUUUGGAUGCAGCAAAACAAUACCUACCUGGGCAACAAGACGUUCAGGGGGCUUUGUUGAACGCUACGGAAACUGCCAAGCAGUAUUUGCCGACGUCGGUGGCUGCCUAUCUUCCUGGUGGCGGGAAUAAGGAAAAAGCAACGACUACGACACUUCCAAGUCAAGAAGGCCCGUUGGAACUUUCACAUGAAGGGGUUGGGUCCUUACCGGGGAACGCUUCCGAAACCUCAGUCGCUAAACUUCCCGAAGAAAGAGAGAUCCGCGACAAGGAGAUGACGACCAUGACGACCCUACCCAGUCAAGACGGUCCUCAGAAACCGCUAGAGCGUUCAGAUGGGGUUGGGUCUUUACCCGGUAAUGCAUCCGAAUCUUCAGUCGCUCAACUUCCCGAAGAACGAGCGACCGGCAUGAAUACGACCACAACGUUACCUACUCAAGAAGGCGCGCAGAAACCUUCAGAGCACUCUGGCGGCAUUGGCUCGUUGCCGGGCAAUGCCUCCGAAUCGUCAGUCGCUAAACUUCCUGGUGAGGCUCAAGCAACUGCUAUGACGACAUCGGAUCUCACCCCAGCUACCAGUGGCGAGAAGAUGCAGUCGCAUUCGGAGAGUGUUUCCAACUCCAGCAUGCAGGCUCAGCUCGGAGAAACCCCCACCAUGACUCCGGUAUUAGGAGGUCACCGAACGCCCAUAGCGGUGAGCGGUGUAGGUGAUCACAAGUCUGAAUCUACGCUGGCCGAGCGAAAGCCCGAGGAGGGUAAUGCGCAUUCAGAGCCCAACCUCAAUCUGAUGCCUCGAACACAUCCGCUUGGCGCCAAAGGCGCACAAUGGAAAGGUGCUGCUGUGGAUGAAGAUAAACUAAAGAAGAUGGACGCGCACGAGACUCGUGACCGUGAUGACGUCGUUAACUUAUUCCAUCGAUUUGAGAUUAUGACUCCGCUGAACUGUUCCUUUUUUCUGUUCAGGUUACCGCAUCGAACAAGGCACUUCCCAGUGUACCUGCUCCGCGCCAAGAGUCUGAGAUCGCUGUAACUGGGCACGAGUCGCUUUCGAAGACUCUCACGCCUCCUUCUGAGCCCAAUGGAUCUCGGUUCACAGAAACUCCGUCGGACGGAACGAGGAAGAACUACGCAGACGAUGCUUCUUCGGACGGGAGCCGAAGCGUCGGGGGAACCCCGCGAAAACCGAAGUUCAUGGAUAAGCUUAAAGGUGAAAUGAAAGUGAUAUCGGGCAAAUUGGGAGGGAAGGAGGAUAAGGUGGAGGAAGGGAGGAGAAUGAUGGGGAAGGUUUGAAUUCACGUGGGGCUCUGGUGCACGGGUGUUUUUCACUUGCGCCUUAUAAAUAUUGUACAUACUCUUAUUUUUCUACUGUAGUCUGCAUGCGGGGUAAAUGAUGUAUUGUAGCGCUAUCAAAUGAUAUAUCAAG